ACUGCUCUCCAAUGUUGUGAUACAUUUACGUUUUUUGUACGCUCACACACACGAUCGUACAAUCCAAUAGGAACAUUCGAUGUAGAUGUAGUGGUGCUCCAUCGGGCUAAUGUAAACAUUUCUUUGUAGUGCCAAAAAAGUGAGUUUGAUUGAAUGUCAUUAAACCAAACCUGAAUGCAUAACGAAAUUCGAAUCAGAAAAACAAAACCAAGUUCCAUGAAAAUAAUAGCAAUAAAUCGAAGGUACGUACGAAUACUAUCGAAGCAUUGGAGCCGGUAUAUUAUAAAUGUGUUUGAAAAUAAAAACAAACAAAGUGGGACAAUGGAAAUGGUUUGUUUUGGUUGAAAAAUUUACAAUAACAAAUAGAGAGGAGAGCGAGAGAGUGAACAAAAUAGAAAGAGAGUUGUGUGUUCACGACGUUCAUAUGACAGACGCCUUGUAAACGCACCCUCCUCAAACUGACAUUUACUGCCGUCCGCCCGUCACACUCAAUACAAAUAAUUCGGAUUUUGUCUACAUCAUACGUAUAUGGUUGGGCCCACUCCUGUUCAACGGAAGUCAUAUUUUUCUCUUCUGGAACUCGUGAUUUUUGUUUUUGUGCAUACGAAUCGUUUGGAAAUUGUAAUUGUGAGCAAUUGACAGUAUUUGACGUGAACGAAAAAAAAAAUCGAUGAAAUUGUUUGAUUGUCAUGAGAAGACGAAUAAGAUUUGGUGUGCGAACGUAAGGAGGUGACGGAUUCGAGACAAAUACCCAAUAGUCCAGCUGAUAAAGUGCAAUAAUUGCACGACGAAUAGAAAAUAGUGACGCCAAACCAACAGAAACAACAACAAGUGAAAUGAAAAUGUUCAGGAAUCGAAAGUAUCAUCUGAUUGAUUUUGCCGAAUUCCAGCGACGGAUGCGUCGUCAAUUCGAAGGGAAUAUAAAUUAUCGUAAACUACUUCUAAUCCUUUUCUUAUGCGCUAUCAUAUUCUUGUACAUUGGACCGUACAUUUCAUCGUGGCUGUUUAGUUCGUCAACAAAAUCGAUACAUUUAAUUUCGCGUUGUAUGGACGAUCGUUUAACACCAUUUUACUCGAAAGCCUUCGAGUUUAACGCACACAUUCACCAUAUCACCGACUCAACAGGUCAAUCAACUCUACCAACUAACGCACGGAAUAUUCCAUACGUUGGAAAUGGUUAUUUUGGCAUUGAAAUCCAAAAAAAUGCACAAUUCUACGUGAAAUACGGGCGACACUUAUCACAACCAAUCAACUAUCAACCGAUCGUUGACUUUAGAUAUAUCGACACAAGUGACAGUGCAUUGGAUGAACCACAUGGAAAGCAAUCUAUUGUUGUGGAUUACAUCAAUGGAGUUGUACAUAAAUUUCAAUGCUUUGGCAAUGAUUUUUUCAUAUCGCACGAGUUUUAUGCUCAUCGUGUUGUGCCGCAUGUAUUUGUGCAAGAGGUUAAACUAACAAACACACGGAACACUCCAUUUAGUAUUGACGUGGAAACGUUUGGACCAAGUGUGAGUUGGUCGAGUGCAGAGACGAAAUACGUCAAACUGAAGCAACCGUCAACAAAUAAAUUUAUCGAAUUUUCGGUAACGAGCGGAUUUGUUGAAUUACGAAAGCAUGGCGAACAAAUGAGUGUGACAAUUGUCAGUCAGCGUUUACCAUCAAAAGUUGCAUUGAAAACACGAGGCGUAACAAAGCUCGACAUAAUCCAUGUCAUUCAUUAUGGCGUGCAAUCGAAUAGUCAAAGUAAACAAAAACCAGACGACAUGGAAUCGGCUGCCAUUGAAACAAUCACACAGAUUCUACAGCAGAACAAUUUCCAUUUGGAUGAAAAUAGCGACGCAAGCAAUAGCAGUCCGUCGAAUAAGCUACAAACGCACACCAAAUUCCGGCGACAACAUACUAACGUUUGGAAUAAUCUGUGGGAAACUGGGUUCCAAAUCAGUACCUCACUCGCCGAUAAUUUUAUCAACGGUGAUCAAAUUAAUGCAACAAUAUAUGCCGUUCUGUCACAAGUUCGAUCAUUCGAAUUUGAAGCGGGCAGUUCUGAACAAUUCCGAAAGGAAAUUCUCAGAUCGCUAGCCUAUGCGGAGGGAUGCUAUGACAGUUAUCAUACACUGCAGGCAGGAAAUUUAUGGAAAGAUAUGAAUGAUAUUGAAGAAAUGAACAAAAUGGUCAACUCAUGGCUGUUGACACUAGAGAAACAGGGAUGUCAUAAUCUUAUCAAAGCCGGCGCAUCGGGCGUUCUUCAAGCGAUUGUGCUUAGUUUUGGAGGUUUCCGCUUUAGCAAUCAGCAUUUAGAAUUAAAUAUUCAUCCGAAGUACUUGCAUCGUGACUAUUUCUUUCGUCGCUUAAACUAUGGCAAUAUGACGCAUAUCAAUGUUUCGAUUGAAGUCACUGACGACAAUCGGGCUAUUCUCUAUGUUGCACUCGAUAGAUCUGAUGGAAUAUAUUAUGCGUGUGACGCUGGAUGUUUGGACGAACCAGUUCCAUUGUCGCAAGAAAAGAAAAUGUUCCCAGUGAAAUUGACUGAACCAUUGACUGCAAUUUUAUAUAUAACACAAGACAAGGAGCACAUUGAAGAGCUACGGCACGCUAUUCACGUCAAAGAAGUUGCUGAAGCUCCAGCGCAUGAGCAUCAUGUGAUAGCCUUGCAUAAACACGGACAUCAAUUGGGUGGGCUGCCGACAUUCUUUUGGAUAUCAAUAUUCGUCAUUAUUAUCGUUUUCCAUAUCUUUUUAUGUAAGCUUAUCAUCAAAGAGUAUUGUGAACCGCCCGAGAAGCUUCGCUAUCGAUACGAUAAGCCAUGAUUCGGUUCGAUUUUGUUGCGGUAUUUGGCGGUUCUGUGAUCAAUCUUGUUAUAGCAAAACAAACAAACAUUUAUAUACGUUUUCGACACAAAACGCUAUUUAAUAUGUACGUAAAACACUUAGUUAGUGGAAAAAAUGUUUUUAUUUGGAUUCAUCUUAACUUAUGCAUAUAAAACUCAUGGAAUAAAUAAAAGAAAGAGAAAGUUA